GCUUUCUGAGUGUUUGUAUAAGUCAUGACUUUGUACAUGUUCUUGUUUACGAAUUUGGAGGAAUUCUUAAAGAAUAAGGUUCUGUGGCAUCGGUCUUUGUUUUACCUGAGAGUAACUGUAUAUUACAUUGCUACAGUUGCAGAAGUUUUGCUUUUGAGAGAUGAGAAGAUUACAUUCGCUCAUUUUCUGCUAUGGUUUUUGAUAUAUUACUGGUUUUUCCUGUAUGGAAGAACUUUUGUUUCAUCUCUUGCCAUUCUUUUGCUGCUAAUUGCUACGAUGCUUUGUGGAUACAGCGUUCUGCCACCAGUCGUAUAUGGGAUCACUGUUCCAAGAAUAUCGUGGUCUUGUUUUGAGAUUUCAGAAGUGGAUAUGAGAAUAUGUGUCACAACAAUAGGCAAUAUGUGGAAUAGAAUGAAUCACGGAAGAAGGUUGCUGGCCCAAGGAGAAGACUGGUGUACGUUUCUGAAGGUGGCAGGGCUUCUGUACUGUUUGAAGCUGAUUGUUUCACUUUCAUUGACUGCUAUCCUUUGGCGUAGCCCUAGUCCUGGUGUUCUCAGUUUUCUUCAUUUAUGAGCAAUACGAGGAGGAAGUUGAUGGGGUGGCCAAGGUUUUAUUCAGCUGUGGAAUGAGUGCCCUUUCAUUUUUGUCAAGGAACUCGCCCAUGCCCUUGGCCUCGAUCCUCUCCAACUUUGAAAUGUCUCUCAAGAGAAA